AACACUAAUAGCAUUCAUAAGUCGUCUGUGUCGUUUAAUUUUUAAAUGGUAUAUAAAUAGACAUUUUUUAAAAUUAAUUUUAUUGCCGAAUCGAUAUAUAUUAUAUGAUAUCGUUAAGUACAAAGUACAGGAAAUCAUAUAAAUUCCAGUUUUUGCAAGGUCAAAAGAUGUUUGAUUAAAAAAUAUCAAAAAUUUCCAACGUACAACAGCUGAUGUUUGUAAACAUUAGGCUUAUUUUCGUAUAAAUCAGAGGGAACUUGAAUGAGAUAGUGGCAAAAAUGGCAAGGAACGAAGAAAAACAAUAUUCGAGAUUAAAUCGAUUGUUGUUACAACAAGAAAGAGAAGAAUAUAGAAAAAGGAACCCAAAAAGACCAAGACUCGACAAUUUAAACUCUGUUGAAGAGAUUAAAGAAUGGCUGCCAAGCAUAAAGCGAGAUUUAGAUUUUAGCCUGAAGCAAUCUGAAGUUACGUGUUAUUCCGAGCAGAAAAUUUCUGAGAUUCAAAGUAACAUUCUUCAAUUAGAACGUGAAUUCAAGUCAUUUGUGCGCAAAUCGAAGCGAUUAAAUCCUGAAAUGAAUUGCAUUCCUUGGACAAACAGACCAUAUAAAAGCAAUAAAAUGGAUACAAAAGAGGAUGAAUAUCAAGACUUAAAUCAAGAAACUUCAAAAGGUAAUGUUCAUGACAAAAGCACCUUUAUUCAAAUAAAAACACCAAUUUUAAAAGAGAGUUCUGCAGAAGUCAAAGACUCUAACGUCUGUUUUACAAAUGUCAAUAUGGAUCGACUAGACAGGCCUCUAGAAUUUAAAACGACGGAAUCUAACGUUACAAACAAGGUAAUCCCGUCCAACGAAGACACAAAUUUGCAGUCCACGGACAGAACAGAGUCUCUUCCUCAUUCAGAGGACGGUGCCCGCCCAUCCAGAAGUAAACGUAAUCUGCUGGGCUUAGAUUAUAGUUCUUCGGAUUCCGAAACAUAAAUUUUAUUUUAGAACAAGGUGUCUUGUGUAAUGCUGGAUAAUGAAUAUGUUAAAUAGAGUAAGGAAAGUAAAAUAUCAUAAUAAUUGGAUUGCUCUUUUAAAUGUUUUUAUUAAAUUAGCAAUUGGUUAAA